AUGAAACUCUUAUGUAGGAACAACUCAUCACUUCUUCCGUUUGCGAGAAAUUGUCUUUAUCUUCCUUCAGUUUCUGUACAAAAAAAAUGGGAGAGCUGUGGCAGGGAAAUUAGCACUGACGAGGUACACGUUUUUCCUCGAAGCUUACGUUAUGUAAGAUUUUGGUUGUAGAAACAUCACAAAGUUUGCACAGUAAAUUUGAUUACUUUAUUUCAGGUCUCUAGAAGAGCCUCUGCCUCUUCUUCUCGUGGCAAGUUUAACUUGGUUGGUCCUCGACAUCACGGCUCAAACAUACGAAAGAUAAUCUUCGCAAAAUUGAAAAAUGAAUCAACCAAAGUAAGCGCAAUAUGAUUUUAACCUACCCGUACCUAAGCAAAAGACGGCACAUUCGUGGAAUAUUGGGAGAAAACGUUGAAUAUUUAAAAAUGAAACGUUCAGUUGGUUUUAUGAAACAUUUGUGGGUUUACUGGCCCAAUAAACGAUAUAUUAAUUGACGACUGUAAAUAUAUGUGAAAAUCAUAUAUGUGAACUGCGGUUUGAGAAAUUAAAAUGAAAUUGAUCCGCGCACUAAUGAGCACUACCCAAGCAGUAAUGAAAAUUAGGCCUGAAAGAAAUUCAGGCCUGUACAGGAUUCAAACCCAUGACCUGCGAUACUGAUGCAGUGCUCUACCAACUGAGCUACAUGUAACAUGCCAACUGGAAUGAUUAACCUUUUUGCUCCCAAGAUGUCAUCUUGCCAGUAUAACUUCUCUGGGGAUUAUAGAGAUGUGCAUUCUCUGAUUGGUCAAGGAUUGCAUCAGUGUAUUGAUAUUGUAAAGCAGAUGUUACCUACUGAUGGCUCUAGGGAGGAAAAUCCAAGGAUUGAAAGGGAAAUAUAUAUUUAACUGAUCAUGUAUCUUAAAUUGUUUGUUUUCCUUGGCAGUUUGUGCCUGUUUUUUUUUUUGCAUGACUGUGUUCAUUAGUGAAAACACACAGAAUAAAGGUAACCAAAGCAAGAAAAGUAUGUAAUAUGUUUUUUUUUUCUUUCAGGAGAGAUACUUCAGAGAACAACAGCAAGAAUUAAACACUUGGAAUCAGAAUUUUUGGGGGAAACAAAAUGAAAAAUUCAAUAAGGUUGGAUAUGUUAUUUUCUAUUUCUUGAAAAAUAGAUAAAGAGGGAAAUAUGGAAAUGAGUCAUGUUUGACACAAGGGAUCCAAAUUCUAUUCUCAUAGACCAUUCUAGACCAAAGACUAAUAACACAAAAAUACAGCAAAACUAUAAACUACAUGUAGAUUUGAUAUUGUAAAUUAUCUACCAUAAAGAGUUUCAAAGCUGACAUUUCAAGCAUAAACUAAUGCUCAAAAUGAAAACUUUGAAACUCUUUAUGGGGGCCACUAUGUUUUAUCAACUCAAUUGAUAAUGCCAAAUUACCUUGUUAUACUCCUCCACUGAUGCAUCACCAUAGUUUUUUUAGGAACUUGCUCCUUUAUGCAGGUAGAUUUGUUGGUUUCAAACACUGGUUGGACAGACCUUUCCUGAUACCCCUUACACAUGUACGUGACUCCUUACUCAAUUAAGUAUUCAAUGUGAAGAGUCACUUUACCAUUUCUCAUCACUUUGAAAAAAAUAUGUCUGAUGCAAUGGCUUUGAAUGUGUUAGUUGUUAGGUGUGGACUAGAAACACUUCCUUUCAUUAUCUCUGUACUCAUCCACCCACUGAAGAAAAUAAAUUAUUGGAUAUUUUAAAAAUUGUUUGUUAAACGAAUCAAGGUAAAGACAUGAAAUUUCUUGUACAUAUUACUCUUUUGUAGAAUGUGUGACAUAGAAUUGAGAGCCUUGAGGCUAUUUAAGUUUUUUAACACCUGAGUAUCUCAGCAAAAAAGAUUAUUACCAACGGUUGUCCAAGUUCUUUAUCCCAAUAUUUAUCACUCAUAAUAGCAUUUAUAGGGGAGCAUUUCAUUUUUCUGUAUGGUUGGGGACCUAUAGAUAUUAAUUGAGAACUCUUAUGUUGUAGUCAAAAAAGGCCUUCCUCCAAUUACGACCAAGAAAUCUGGAAACAGACACAAGUAAGUGUCAGAAGUAAAAUCACAGUCAGUUACAUGUAGACAGAACACAGUAGGUCCUACUUGUUCAGGUUACACUGACUGAUACUAUUUAACCUUGAAGACUGCAGCCCUAUAUUGAAAGCAAACUCAAUCCCCUUUGGAAACAGCACAUGUAUAUGGUAAUUAAUUUUGAUCAGCCAAAAUUAUAAGGAGAAAGAGUUUAAGAAUUUUUUUGUAGAAAACUAGGACUAAGAGGUACUGGAUUUACAUUGAGGGACUCAAAUUGGAGAAAAACCAGGAUAAAUACCCCUUAAGUAAUGACAAGAAGAACAAUGGCAACAAAACUCAACCUCCAUGUAACACUUGGUUUGGGAAUGAAACCCAGGCUCCAGCAGUUUGAGGGAAGGGUCCUUACAACUGAGCUAAGGAUCCUUCCCUUUGAUGUCUUUUCUUCAUGUGAAGAAUUUGAAUUUAUCUUUGAUAAGUUGUGUUGCAUGCAAGACAUUUCAAAGUGUUUGAUGAUUCAUGGAGUUACUGUUUUUCUAAAAAUUUUUUUCAGAUAAGGAGUUAGCUGAUGAGUUGUCAAAAUUUUAUCGGGAUUUCUUGGAUGGCAACUACAAUGUGCAUUCUCAAUAUCUCAGGUAACAACACAAAAACUGAUUAGUUAGAAUUAUUUAUUUUUAAUACAGUCAACUCUCUGAAAAUGGAUGCUCUUGUAAGUAGACAGUUCUACUCAUGAACACUUUUUUCCAUUCUUGUUUUUGCCACCUACUCAAACUUUGUAUUUGCAGAUACCUUUAAGUGGACACUCUUUGUUAAGCAUUCAAGGACACAUUUGAAAUUGAAAAUUGGAUUUUUCUUUGGUUUGUGCUGUCUUAUAAAUGGACACCCCAUGAAUAAUAAUUGACUCUUGGGAAUAAAAGCUGUCUUGAAUUUGCAAAUCAACAAACAUAUGACCAUUGAUAGAGCAGCACAACAGCAAGUAUCAGUUUUGUGAAAUCUCCAUUUGUCUGCGUGAAAGCAAGCUGUCUAUUCAUUUGACAUAAACAAGAGUCCAACAUAACACUCUCCUGUAAGCUGUAAUCCACUCUACUUUUCUUUACUGUCUACCUUUGGCAAUAAUUCUUGUUAGCAGACAGCUCUACUAACAGACAUUUUUUCCAAUUUUUGAGGGUGUUUGGUUUGAGAGAGUUAACUGUAGUUACAGUAGUUGGCUAGUCAGGGCACAAUCUAAAAGAUAGAUGUACAUGUGUUUUAGCCCAUAAUAACAUAAAGGGAAAACAUUCUAACUACCCAGGGUGUAAGUAAAUGCAGAUGACAACUUGCAAGUUGUGUCUGGUUUUUAGUUCAACAUAUGAUUGAUAGAGAAGUUGGCACAACCAAUCACAGAAAGCAGAGCAAUUAAACAAAAGCAGCUCCUGAUUAUUUUUAACUCUCAUGCACAAUUUUAGUUGUCUAAGCUAAUAUUGUUUGAUUGCAAAUUCAGAAAUGGCUGGGGUUUGAAUUCAUUUUGGGUCACUUGGAUUUUUCUUUUGCUCAUAUUGGUGAAAAGACUUUAAUACACAUCUUGCUUUAGCCAGGGUAAUAACAAGAAAUUAUGUUUUACCUUUUGUAUUAAACAGAGACUGGUACAGGAGAAAUUUCCAUCUGUUAUGGACAGGAAUACAAGUGUCAGUGUUUAGGAUACUGAGCAAAAUCAUGCCAAAGAGGUCAAGAUAA